CGCGAUGUUUUCCCCCCGUAUUUCUCAUACAGCGGAAUCCCUCCCAUGAGCAGUGUUGAGCAUUCUAUCCAACUCGUGCCUGAAUAUCGUGUCCACCAUCAGGCACCCUACCGACUCUCGAUUCCAGAGGCGACGAAACUCAAGCGUCAGCUUGAGGAGCUCCUUCCACUGGGUUUCAUUAAACCAGUAACUCCCCUUGGGGUGCACCCGUCCGCUUUGCGAGUAAAGAGGACGAACUCUCCGCCUUUGCAUUGACUACCGCGGCCUUAACCGUUACACAGUUAAGAAUAGCUAUCCCAUGCCUCGCGCGGAUGAGCUGUUUGACCGUUUGGCCGGCAACCGCUUCUUCACGAAGAUCGAUCUUCGUAGCGGUUACCACCAGAUCCGCGUAGCCACAGAGGACCAGUUGAAGACCGCCUUUCGGUCGCGCUUCGGCCACUACGAGUUCACGGUGAUGCCAUUCGGCCUCACCAAUGCACCCGCCACCUUCCAGAUGGCGAUGAACGAUAUCUUCAGGGACAUCCUUGAAGAAUACGUUCUCGUAUACCUGGACGACAUUCUGGUCUACACUCGUACCUUAGAAGACCAUCUCAAACACCUCCGCGAUGUCCUACAGCGCUUACACAAGCAUGGCUUCUAUGCCAAGCUUAGUAAGUGCCGCUUUGCUCAGAGCAAAGUGGACUUCCUAGGACACCAUGUGUCUGACCAGGGUCUCCACAUGGACGACGCGAAGAUCACUGCUAUUGCAGAGUGGCCCGUCCCCACAUCUGCCAAGCAGCUUCGCAGUUUUUUAGGCCUCACUAGUUACUAUAUUAAUUUUAUCCAGGGAUACGCUAGACCGUCCGAGUGCUUCACCGGACGUCCUUAUAAGCGCCCUCCACCUAUCAUCAUGGACGGUCACGAGGAGUUCGUUGUUUCCGAUAUCGUGUCUCGCCGAGUUACCGACGACACCCCUCCACGCAUCGAGUACCUUGUGCAUUGGAAGGGCCAUCCUGAUGAGGAGGCUACUUGGGAGCCCCUCGAGCACCUGGAGCAUGGUCGGAUGUUGGUGCGUGCAUAUGAUCGUGCUCGUCGUGCUGAGACAUCUAUUCCUACUCAGCCAUUUGACCCUCUUCCUUCUCCUUCGGCUGAGGAGAUUGCUGAGGACGAGCCCGCUCUCUAUGAGGUCGUUCUUCAGCAGCAGAUGGAGCCUCCGCGUGUCCACAGCGCACUCAUCGACGUCCUCGGCGUCUUGACGAUUGACAUUCUGAUCACCUUCUUUCACCCUACUGACUCACACCAUCAGGUACUCCAUCAUCAACUUCUUCAGGAUGUCAGUGUUUUGAGGCUCUGCUUCGACAUCGACCUCGAUUCCUACUUCAUCGACGUCAUCGACCACUUCGACGACUUCAGUCACCUUCUCGACUUCAACCAUCUUAUCGACUUCAGCUACUUUGGACGUGACUACUUCAUGCCACUCCCUUGCAUUUGUCGCAUGAUGGUUCUCACUUAGUUGGGUCUCUUUGAGUUGGGCUCUCCCUUGGCAUCGCAUAGGCAUUACCGUAGCGUUAUCUUGGCUUCCUUGCUCCCAGAUCUAGCUCCCUCCUCCCCCAGUCGGUGAGUUGUGUGCAUGUUGCCCUCACCCACUGCCCUGAUCACGCUAGUGUCGGCCCUUGCAUGCCUUCAGUUGGGCAUAUCUCCACCCUAUUCCAGGCUCCCUCUUUUUCAUGGUCGACCAUGCAUGGUGUCAUCCUUUUGUCGA